CCCCAGUGGCAGAGAGAAAAGCAGCCAUGCAUGGAAUUCUGCUUGAUGUGGACAUGCUUGGCUUGGAUCAGGCUGGUGACCCUGCUGGUGGACCGCACCAGGCUGUACAGGAUGAGCUGCCUCUACGCCACUCUGGAGGGGUUCUUUCUUAGAGCCCAUCUAUUAGCCCUAGAUUCCUCCAGUUGUAAUAAGCCAUGUCCAGAUAAGCCUGCAGCCAUGUGCAGCAGGUCCUUUAUGAUGGGCCGCAUCAACCACAAGAGACGCCAGCUCCCCACAGCUCUGCUCCAGGUCCUGAGAGGGCACCUGCGUCCAGGAGAUGGACUGGUCAGGAGCAGCAGCAGCCAUGAAAGGUUUAACAGGACACGGCAAGUUCAAGGUGCAGUUCACACCCAGUGCAUUUGCAGCUCUUCAUCCUGGCCCUUGGGGGUCACAAGAGACUUGGAAUUCAGCAAUAAUACCUGA